AUGCCUUUGAAUACAUCGACAUAUUUGAAACAGGCAUCAUACACAGUGAAGCCGGAAGCUUUUGAGAUUCCAACGAUCAAAAGCUUUUUGUCGAUCUACCAGAAGUACUACCAAAAAUCAGGGGUAGAGAAAAUCGAAACAAAGGUGGAGCUCAAUGACCAAAAGUUGCUGAUUGAGACAUUUCUCAACACCACCGUACUCUCGACUGCGAUGGGCUUUCUCGGCGAAAAAGGCUUCGUCAAAAAUGACUUCGACGAGUACAAGAAAUCUCUGCGCAACUUGUGGUUUGAGCCAUACAAUGCUUUCGUACAUCGUUUCUUUGGACAUCGCACACCUCGUUUCUCUACACCUGACUACUCCAAAGGCCGGACUUUCAGCAACUGGAUCACCAUGCAUCUAGAAGAGAAAAAACAAAAAAUGGUUAAAAAUGUUAGUCCGAUGAUGACGCAGAGUUUGAAGAGUUACAAUGGAGAAAACACGGCGAUUACGUUUCAUUUUUACAAAAUCUUUGGAAAUCAAACUCUAGAAUCGUUGCCUACGAAAACGAUGUGCAUCUUGCUUGGUACGUCACCCGAGUUAGAGAUGGCCUUGUACACGGUCUGUGCUUACAUGAGUCUCGACGGUCAUUGCAACAUCGUGGAUUUUAUAGCAUCCGAGAACAACAUAUCUUGGCUAAAUGUAACAUGUGCCGUUGAUUAG